AUGGGUAACAACGCGUCUUCGUCCUCCAAACCGACCACGCCGACGACUUCGGCUCCUGGAUCGGCUCAUGGUCAUCACCACGGCCAUGAAUCCCCCCGCCAUCAUAUCCGAAAGGAUGCCCGCAACAUCAUCACCGGACACACGCAUCGCUCUGCAGCGCCGCCCGAACCGUCCAUGGCGCAGGCUCAGGGCUCGACUGUCAUCAACCGACCCAAGAGCUUGCCUCCCACCGCUGUGUCGUCUCUGAGCGGAUCUCCCCACAGCAACUUCGCCGCUGUUCAUAAGACCGCUUCGUCCUCGGAUGCUAAGGCCAUCGCUGGAAGUAAAGCGGCUGCCGUUCCAGAGUCAAAGUCUACCGAACCCAAACCGCACGUGCGUGAUGAACCUACCAAGCCUCUCGAUGUCCCUAUGGAAUCGUCAUCUCUUCGAUCGCAUCAAUCUGCUCACGUCAAUGACCCGGUUCUUAUCCCCAACAGCAGUAUCACAGAUAUGUAUCUGACUCGUCCCCCACGCUUACCCCUACCCAUCGACGAGGAGGUUCACACUCCAGGGUCUCCUAUUACUGCACCGCAGACAGAUCAGGAGGGCUCUUAUAUCGAGCCGAUGGACAGCUUGGAUGGAAUCACUCGCAAGAGCUCUGCUCUCAGCGCUACGACUGUGGAUGAGGAGGAUGGUGAGGAGUUGCGGGUUGACAAGACCAGACCUGUUGUUCAGACCAAGCUAGAAUGGCUGAGCGGAGGUGAAAAGGUUUAUGUGACAGGUACCAUCUUUCAAUGGAACCGCAAGCAACGAUUGCAUCCAAUUGAGGGCCGCCCUGGUUGCUUCUUGACGACAGUUUAUGUCCAGCCAGGAACACACCAUGUCCGCUUCCUUGUGGAUGGUAUCAUGCAGACAUCUCCUCACCUGCCUACUACCGUCGAUUUUGGCAACAAUCUCGUCAACUACAUCGAAGUCAGCCCUGAUGAUGCCCAUAAGAAGCAGGUUCCUGCGCUCCCUGCCGCUACUCAUGCGGAGUUUCAAACCGCAGUUGCUGCUCAGGCGCUUCCACAGGCCCAGGAUGAUGCCUCUCAAGCCUUAAAACCCCCUGCGCAGCCAAGAGUCAAGUCCGUCCCGCCUCCAGAAGCUUAUCGGAACCAGAUUCCACAGUACCUCAUCGACUUUGAUCAAGCUGAGGACUCUCAAGCGUAUCAAUACGCCGUCAACGCCAUUGAGAGGCUACCGAAUCCACCUACGCUGCCAGGUUUUUUGAGCAAACCGAUACUUAAUGCAGCGACGCUCAUGAAAGACGAUAAUAGUGUGCUCAACAUGCCUAACCACACGAUUCUAAAUCAUCUUGCCACCAGCAGCAUCAAGAACAACAUUCUUGCUGUUUCAGCUACGACUCGGUAUAGAAAUAAGUACGUGACAACAAUCGUCUAUAAGCCCACAUCUUCAGAUGAAGGUUAA